AUGAGGUGGACGCUGUUCUUGCCAGAUGACGGAGCUGGUAAGUGGGGGGCCGCCCACCCGCAGGCCAGCGAGGACAAGGUGAAGCAGCUGGUGACGGAGAUCGGCUGGGAGAUCCAGCAGCUCAGCAUGGCCGGCUGCUACUGGCUGUCGGGCAGCACGGUGGAGCACGUGGCCCGCUGCCGCGGCCUGGUGAAGGUGAAUCUCUCGGGCUGCCACCUGACCUCCCUGCGCCUCUCCAAGGUUCUGUCGGCCCUGCAACGCCUGCGCUCCCUGGCCAUUGACGUGAGCCCCGGCUUCGACGCCAGCCAGCUGAGCGGUGAGUGCAAGGCCACGCUGAGCCGUGUGCGGGAGCUCAAGCAGACGCUGUACACGCCCUCGUACGGCGUGGUGCCCUGCUGCACCAGCCUCGAGAAGCUGCUGCUGUACUUCGAGAUCCUGGACCGCACGCGCGAGGGUGCCGUGCUCUCGGGCCAGCUCAUGGUGGGCCAGAGCAACGUGCCACGCUACCAGCACCUGCGUGUCUUCUACGCCCGCCUGGCCCCCGGCUACAUCAACCAGGAGGUGGUGCGCCUUUACCUGGCUGUGCUCAGCGACCGCACGCCCGAGAACCUGCACGCCUUCCUCAUCUCGGUGCCCGGCAGCUUUGCCGAGAGUGGGGCCACCAAGAACCUCCUGGAGUCCAUGGCCCGCAACGUGGCGCUGGACGCGCUGCAGCUGCCCAAGUCCUGGCUCAACGGCUCGGGCCUCCUCCAGCACCUGAAGUUCAGCAGCCCCUUCUACUUCAGCUUUAGCCGCUGCGCCCUGUCCGGCGGCCACCUGAUCCGGCGCGUCAUCGACGGCGGCAGGGACCUCCGGAGCCUGGCUGGCCUGAACCUCAGCGGCUGUGCGCACUGCCUGGCGCCCGACUCCCUGCUGCGCAAGGCAGAGGACGACAUCGAUAGCGGCAUCCUGGAGACGCUGGUGGCGGCCUGCGGCAACCUGCGACACCUCAACCUCUCGGCUGCCCACCACCACAGCCCCGAGGGCCCCGGCCGGCACCUGUGCCAGCUGCUGGCACGGCUCUGCCACCUGCGCUCUCUGUCGCUGCCCGUCUGCGCUGUCGCUGACUCGGCGCCGCGGGCCGACCGCGCGCCCGUCCAGCCUGCCACACACGCUGUGCCCCGCGGCUUCGGCAAGAAGGUCCGCAUCGGCGUGCCGUCUGGCCCCGACCCUUUCUCAGGGCAGGCGGGCCCCCUGCCGUCCUCUGUGUUCUGGUCGCUGUUGAAGAGCGUGCCCUUCCUGGACCGCCUCGAGCUGAUUGGGUCCAACUUCUCGUCUGCCAUGCCGCGCAACGAGCCCGCCAUCCGCAACUCGCUCCCCCCCUGCGGCCGGGCACAGAGCGUGGGGGACUCGGAGGUGGCUGCCAUCGGCCAGCUGGCCUUCCUGAGGCACCUGACGCUGGCCCAGCUGCCCAGCAUCCUGACAGGCUCCGGGCUGGUCAGCAUCGGCGUCCAGUGCCAGCAGCUCCAGUCCCUCUCCCUGGCCCACCUGGGCACGACGGGCAAGGUGGCCUACACUUCCGCCCUCGCGGACAUGCUGAAACACUGCAAGCGGCUGAAGGACCUCAGGCUGGAGCAGCCCUACUUCAGCGCCAACGCCCAGUUCUUCCAGGCGCUGAGCCAGUGCUCUGCGUUGCAGCGCCUGUGCCUGGUGUCCCGCAGUGGCACCCUGCAGCCCGAGGCCGUGCUGGCCUUCAUGGCGCGCUGCCUGCACGUGGUCGUGUGCCACCUGUUCACCGGCGAGUCGCUCAGCACCUGCCGGAGCCUACAGCAGUCCCUCCUCCGCAGUUUCCAGGCCGAGCGGCCCGCGCUGAACGUCGUCAUCUUCCCUCUGCUCCACGAGGGCCUGACCGAUGUCAUCCGAGACGUUCCCAUGGUGCACCUGGACGAGGUCACCUUAUUUAAAAGCAGAGUGGCCGAGGAACCGCCAAAUCUGUGGUGGUGACAGGAGUGGGCCCCCACCGGCCCGUCG